UGUUUGAUAAAAUUUAUGGCAGGUAUAAUACCACGUGAGAUUGGCAACCUAAAGAAUCUACAAUUGUUGAAUUUGGACCUUAACAAUAUUGCUGGUUCUAUUCCUCCACAAGUAUUUAAUAUUUCAACUCUAAGCGUGAUUUCUUUGGAUACAAAUCAGCUCUCUGGCCAUCUUCCAUCAAACAUGGGCCUUUUCCUUCCAAACCUGGAGGAAUUAUAUCUUGGUGACAAUUAUCUUGUCGGCUCGAUCCCAAUAUAUAUUUCCAAUGCCUCUCAGCUUACUCUUCUUGACAUGUCUAAUAAUUACUUUUCAGGUUCCAUUCCUGAUAAUCUGGGCAAUCUAAGAAAUUUAAAGCUUCUCACCGUGGAGAAUAAUAGUUUAACUUCCUCAGAAAUGAGCUUUCUCUUUUCUUUGACAAACUGUAGAGUCUUGGAGAACUUUCUUUUCGGUAGCAACCCAUUUAUUAGUAGUGAACUUCCAAGAGUGGUAGGAAAUCUCUCAAGUUCUCUUGAACUGUUCUCUGCUUAUUCAUGCAACAUCAGGGGUAGCAUCCCCAGUGAAAUUGGAAACUUAAGUCACUUGAUAAACAUUGAGCUAGGAGGCAAUCAAUUGAUAGGACAGAUUCCUACUACAAUUGGAGGAUUGGAAGAGUUGCAAAGUCUUUCUCUUGUGUACAAUAAGUUAGAAGGAUCCAUCCCAUCUGAGUUAUGUCAUCUAAACAAAUUGGCUUUCUUGUUCUUGGCCAAUAACAAAUUGUCUGGACCAAUACCUGCUUGCUUAGGUGAUCUCACUUCAUUAAGGCAACUAUUUCUAGACUCCAAUAUGUUUUCCUCCUCAAUACCUUCCACAUUGACAAGGCUUAACUAUCUCCUCAUCCUAUACUUGUCUUCAAAUUCUCUAAGUGGUCCACUACCAACUGACAUUGGAAAAUGGAAAGUUUUGACUAGUUUGGAUUUGUCGAACAAUCAGUUCUCAGGUGAUAUCCCAACUGGAGUUGCAGAUCUCAAGGACCUCACUCAUUUUUCCUUAACCAAUAAUAGGAUCAUGGGUUCUAUUCCUGAGUCUUUUGAUGAAUUGUUGAGUUUGGAGUUCUUGGACUUGUCAAGAAAUAAUCUAUCUGGAGAGAUUCCCAAAUCCUUAAAGAAACUCCGUUAUCUCAAAUAUUUCAAUGUCUCUUUUAAUAGACUUGAAGGAGAAAUUCCUAAAGGAGGACCAUUUGGAAACUACACAAUCGAAUCAUUUAAGGGUAAUGAAGCCUUGUGUGGUGCAGCUCGCCUUCAUGUUCCAAACUGCAAAACAAGACCUCUUAGAAAUUCCAAGGCAAAACCUAAGCUGAAGCUCAUAAUAUAUGUAGCUCUGCCAAUUGCCUCCACAAUUUUGGUUGUGGCUCUAAUAAUCAUUAUCUUGCAUAACAAGAGGAAAGACAAAUUGCCAACUCAAGAAGACAUGAUACCUUUAGGAACAUGGAGACGGUUUUCAUACCACGAGCUUCGUCAAGCUACUGAUGGAUUCAAUGAUAGUAGGUUGCUUGGUAAUGGAAGUUAUGGUUCAGUAUUCCAAGGGACUCUCCAGGAUGGGAUGCUAAUUGCGGUAAAGGUCUUCAAGUUAGAGUUAGAAGGAGCUUUUAAGAGCUUUGAUGUUGAAUGUGAUGUUCUCCGCAACACUCGUCACAGAAAUUUAGUCAAAGUAAUAAGCAGUUGCUCUAAUGAUCUUAAUUUCAAAGCGUUGGUGCUUGAGUUCAUGCCUAAUGGGAGUCUUGAUAAAUGGUUGUAUUCCAACAACCAAUAUUUGGAUAUCCUACAAAGGUUGAACAUAAUGAUAGAUGUUGCAUCUGCAUUGGAAUAUCUCCACCAUGGUAAUGCAACACCCGUGGUUCACUGUGAUUUAAAACCCAACAAUGUUCUAUUAAAUGAAGAUAUGGUUGCUCAUUUGAGUGAUUUUGGCAUCGCAAAACUCUUAUGUGAAGAUGUUUCAAUGAUACAAACCAUGACAAUGGCAACAUUUGGAUAUAUGGCACCAGAAUAUGGAAUCCAAGGAAUUGUUUCGACAAAAGGUGAUGUGUAUAGCUUUGGUAUUCUUUUGAUGGAAAUCAUUACAAGAAAAAAGCCCACAGAUGAAAUGUUUGAAGGAGAAAGAAGCUUGAAAAGUUGGGUGAUAGAGUCGAUAUCAUCUUCGCGAAAUCAAGUUGUAGAUCCCAAGUUGUUGAGCACUACUGGAAGGGAACAUUUAAAAGUAAAGAAUUGUGCCUUAUCCAUUUUGCAAGUUGGCUUAGAAUGUUCUGCUGAGUUACCAAAUGAGAGGCUUCACAUGGAAGAGGUUGUUACAAAGUUAAAGAAGAUCAAAGUAAAGUUAUUAAGGGAUAUGCGACGCUUUCGAUGAAGAGGCCAUUGUUAAAUUGACUAAAAUAAACAUAAGCUUUGCUUUCCAGCAAUGUCUUUGAUAAAUAUUUAUACAGAUGCUCUGUUUUCCUAUAAAGUUUAUUAAUAGUUAUUUCUGCAUUUUGUGAAUUUUUUAAAAAAAAGAAACAAGUUCAAGAAA